AUGCCUGCCAUCCGCCACUCCUCCAAGCGCAAAGCUCCCCCAAAUGGCUACAGCGAUAUUGAAGAUUCUCUCCUCGUGUACAGCAACAAAAUGAAAGAUGCCAUUGCAGCCCCACCAUCCACCGGUCCCCGUCAUCAAGCCACUUGGGAAAUCACACAGAUAAAUCAUCAGCGAAGUAGAUACGUUUGGGAUAUGUACUGCGAAGAGAAGAUCAGCAAGGAACUAUAUGACUGGUGUGUGAAGAACGGUCAAUGUGAUGCGACGCUCGUGGCAAAAUGGAAGAAGGAGGGCUACGAGAAGUUAUGCUGUCUUAAAUGCGUCCAAACGAAAGAGACAAACUUUAACUCUACCUGUAUAUGCCGGGUCCCGAAGGCAGAUCUGAAGGAGGACCAAGAGAUUCAAUGCGUUAGUUGCGGAUGCAGGGGUUGUGCUUCGAGUGAUUAG